AUGUCUUCUGAAAAUGUAACUAACAAACGUCAUCAUAACCCAGUGGACAGCAUUUGCCGAAAAAUCAAGACUAUCCAGAUGAUGGACCAAAUCUCUAAUCCUGCUUUACAGAUCCCAAAGUUUCAGUCUAGGAACUUUGACAGCCCACAGACUAAUAUCAAGAAAAACUUAGAGGAGAUAUUGAAGAAAAGGACCUUUAAAAGUCAUGAGGCUACUGGGCCAUAUUUCCUAAGCCCCAGUAGUGACAAUAUUUUCUCACCAUGUCCGCAGGCUGCAGGCCACAGACGAUGCACGUCUGACUUCCACACUGGCAGUGCAACCUAUUCAAUUGGUAAAAAUAAAGAGAAGACCAGAAAGUCAUGGCUACCAAUGUGCCAAGUUGAGAGUUCUCCACCCCUUCUCAAAAGUGGAGAGGCUAACAUCCGUAUGGGUCAACUAUCUGCAGCUUCCAAUGUCGAAUGUAAAGACUUGACUUGUAAGGAUAACUACCUUACAUCAAGUCCAAACUUGCCUUUCUUAACGGCAGUCCAAAAGGCAGAAUGUUUUGCGUUCCAAUCUCCAGUGGUGAAGAGACUAUCUUUGAGUGAAAGAGGAUGGAGACUAUCAUGGGCGAAUAACGCUGACAACACCUAUGAUGUGAGCUUGAUCUGCGAAGAAGACUUGUUGACCACUAUCUUCUGUGCAUGUGACACAGAACGCAGAGGAAAAGUAGCCGUUUCCAAGAUAGUUGAUUAUCUGAGACAUACAACUAGUCGGGGGUCAGAAGACAGUGGUCUUGAAGAGCUGUGCAACAUGCUUGAUCCUGAUAAAAGGGACAUCUCAAUGGACCUGGAAACAUACCAUGCUAUCAUGAAAGAGUGGAUUGAAGACUGUAAAAGAAAAUGGGAAGAUACCACUAAGGAGACAACGACAAAUACAGAAGAUUCUGUGUUUAAAUUGCAUGAGAGCAUUCUAACAGCAAAAAAGACUCCUGCUAGGAUAAACAUUACAUCAGGAAGUUUAGAGGCCUUAGGUGGAGAUGUGUCCAAAGGAGACCUGGAGACAUCUGACUUGAUUACCUGUGUAGCAGACCUUCAGUUCAAGAAUCAGAAACUUCAAGAGGAGAACUGCAAACUAAAGAUGGCAGUUGAAGCAUUGGAGGAUACCAAUAAUAGGCUAAUGGAGGACAAUGAGGAUCUAAAUAAUCAAGUAAAAAGUGCCCAGCAGUCUGUUAUAAGAGCAAAAUCAUUAAAGGAGGAACUGGAAGAAAUGAAAAUUAGCCUGACCAUCUCAGAAGAGAAGAGAUGCAAUAUUGUGACCCAGCAUAAACAGCUAGAAAAAGAGAAUCAGUCUCUCAUCAUCAAAAUUUCUUCUCUUCAGGAAGAGAAUAUUAGGAAUGCCUUGGAUACAGAUGGCCUUCAGAAGAAGAUUGUGGAGCUAUCCAAAGAUGCAGCUGAGCUCCAAAUGCGAGUGCACAUUUAUGAGAACACUGUGGUGAAUAAAGAUGCAAGUCUAUUGAAGAGAGACUUGGACAUCCAAGAACUGAAGUCUACCAUUGUGGAAUACUCCUCUGUAAUCGAGACAUUACGGGUGGAAAAAAAUAAACUGGUGAAUGAUAUGCAACAAAUGCAGCAAGAGCUGAUUUCAAAUGGAAUAGACUUCCCACUGAUAUACAAAUUUAACAGCAGCAUCCUUGAAGGGACAAAUUCAUUGCACCGUGAAUUGGCACUUGCUCAACAAUCUAUAGAGAUUGCUGGAAUUGAAUGGGCGGCUUUGGACGAAACAUUGGACCGAGAGGUGCUAUUGUUACUGCAAGGGCCUGAACAAUUGGGAGACAACUUUAAGGCUACCAUCCAAAAACUGCAUUAAUAUGUAUCUUUUCAGCAAGAGGAAGCCUCUGAAGCAGAGGAACUUGUUGUGACCACUUUGCAAUGGGUUGCAGAUCCUGAGGUGAAUGUGAGGGAGACUUGUUUGGACCUCAAGCAAGUCCUAGAAGAGAAGAUAAAUCACUGGAUUAAAAAGCUCCAUCUCUUAGAAGAACACAGAGAAUCCCUGGAUAAAGAGUAUGUCAGAAUGGCAGGAAAUCUGAGGAGAAUAAGAACAGAGCAGCUUCACGUCAGGAAAGAGCUCUCUUCCAGACAACACGAGUUAGAAGCUGCCAAACAGUUGCAAGAUGAAGCUGUCAGUCGGGCAGAUGUUCUUGGCUUGCAGCUCCAAGAAGCUACCAAACGGUUGGAGGACUCCAGCAAACAGGUUAAGGAUCGAGAUGGGGCACUUCAUUCUGCCUGGAAAGAAGUCAGAUCUUUGCGAAGUGUGUUAGAGGAAGCCAUUUCUGAGCGGAGAACCCUUCAGGCUAUGAAUACGGCUUUAAUGAGCUCUUGCCAGACACUUCAGGAAAAAGAUAAAGAGCAGAAAACACCUUUGCUCCUUCAAAAGAUUUGGGGGCCAAGAAGCAGGUCAGGGCACUGGACUUCCCAAGACACCCUCCUUGAGAUACUCAUGCUGGUAUUCUACACCUCUGCUAGAUGCUCUGGCCUUGGAAAUCCUACAGCUGAAUCCAAGAGUGUACACAAGCACUCUAUGUUUGAAAGGGACGAUCUGAAAAAUGGGUCUACUUUGGACGUGACACUGGAGGGACACAAGUGGAAGAUACGCUCUGUUGGUAACCAGACUGAUGCAGAUUUUGUUGCCUUCUCUACUACAAUGGACUCUCUAUUUACUGAGGAGAGUAGUGCUUUGCCUUUAACAUCGGAUAAUCCAGUCUUGUCCAGUGAACAUUCAACACCAUCCCAAGAAGAAGAUAUUACAUCUUCUUUGGAGAGCUCUAUAUCAACUGAAUUGCUCGCCAUGGAGACACAAUUGUCGGAGGCUUCAUGGGCAAAAGAUGAAGACACAUCAACCUGUAUAGCAAUGAAGAAAAAUAAAGAUAAGGAUCUGAAUAAUGAUGUAUCAGAUACGGAUCUGACGACUAAAAGUGAAUUUUGCCCCAUCAUGGACAAUCACAAAACUACACCUGAAAAAGAAUUACAGCUAGAUCUGGAGACAGAUGGGGAAAUGGAAGCUAUUAAAGAGCAGAGUGAACAAGUGUCUGCUACAGUUUCUGGUAGAAAAGGGAAUUCUUCUCCCACUAUGACUGGCCUUAAAGUGACCAAAACCAAACAAAAUGACAAUGUUUCUCCUAACGAGAAGGAGAUGGAGGCAGAGUUUCUCAGAUUGUCUCUGGGCUUUAAAUGUGACUUGUUCACCUUGGAUAAGCGAGUGAGGCUUGAAGAAAGGUCCCGAGAUUUGGCUGAAGAAAACUUGAAAAAGGAGAUCAUGAAUGGGCUGAAGCUGCUGGAGUCUCUAGCACCUUUGUGUGAUGAAGAUAACCAAGCACAGGAGAUCAUUAAGAAGCUGCAGAAAAGCUUGCAGUUCCUUAGCCAGUAUGCUGCCAGACUUGCUAGUAGAGCAGAGAUGUUGGGAGCCAUUAAUCAGGAGAGCCGUGUCAGUAAGGCAGUAGAAGUGAUGAUUCAACAUGUGGAAAACUUGAAACGCAUGUAUACAAAAGAGCAUGCAGAACUUGAGGAGUUGAAACAGGUCUUGCUACAAAAUGAAAGAUGCUUUCACUCCUUUGGGGAUCAAGAUGAAUCUACAAAUAAAAAGCUUCCAAGUUCUCUCAACUUCAAGCCAACAUCAUCCCUACGAAGAGUCAGUAUUGCAGCAUUGCCCAGGAAUAUUGGAAAUGCUGGUAUUGGUUUGCCGCUGGCCCAAUUAUAUGGAACUGAUGGAAAUGAAAGAAGUGACAAAUUCCACAGACGAUCAAGCAGUUGGGGCCGACUGGGAUCAAAACAAAAUGAGAAGCGUCCUUCACUGCGACGAUUCAUUAGCACGUAUUCCUGGACAGAGUCUGAGGAAGAACAGUCUGAAACAAAAACCAAACAGUCAGUACCACCAGUUGAAGAAAUACAAGAAGACAAAGCAAGGAAGUUAAGUGUUACCCAAAGGGGGAAAAAUCCAUCAAAAUGGAGUCUAGGAUCAGCUUGCAAAAUAAUGUCAUCGUGGGCAUCUCAUCUGAAGACUUCCUUCUCCAAGGCUAACAAAACUCUCUGGAUUUCUCUUACCAUCAUUGUACUCCUUGCUGCACUCACAAGCUUCCUCACAGGUCUGUCUCUCCAAAGACCUGCAGAUGCUGCCCAUGUGGGAACUGGAAGUUCCUGGACAUCACUACAACAACUGCUGUGGCCAUAUACUGAACUUCAACACAAUGGACCACCACCAGUAUAACACACAAUCUGUAUUUUAAUUUGUAAACUCUUUUUUUCUGGACUUCCUGUGUGACUCAAUUUGUGUUAUAUAAACUAGUGUAAACAUAGCUCUCAGGUCUAGAAUUACUUUAACUUUCUAAUACGAUUUGAGAUAGCAUAUUUAAAAUCAUUUGUUUUGAAGCUUUUUAGACUAUACUUAACUUUCAAUGGUGUAACAUUUUGAAGCACGAUUUGGAAAUACAACUUCCCCCUCUGACAACAGAAGAC